ACCUUCAAUGUUUUACACACUUGUUAUCGACAACAUUUGUCUUUCUAGUUUCGCUUUCGAUUCCAACGCAUCCACUUUCGUUUUAGAUUGCAACAUACCAAGGUUCGUUUUGAGCAAACCACCGGAGUACGACGUGCUGAACACAGUGGCUCACUGAAUACUGAGAAUGACCACGUCACCGUCAGUUGUGUGGCGUCAGAGAGGCAAUGAGGUCUAUAAAACCGCCACUGAAGGCCUUAGCCCUGUGAUACUGAAAGAUCGCCUCAACAGUGCACUUAACUAUUAUCAGAGGGCACUGAAUGCGGCAGCGACCCCCAACGAAAGAUCAUCGGCUUGCAAGAACUUAGCAAAAGCAUGCUGGAAAAUGGCCCCCGUCGUGAAGGCAAGGGAAGAGAAACCGGACAUGAUCCGGUUUUACUUCAAGGAGGCGCUGAAAUAUUUCCGUGAUGCAAGAUCUGCCGGGGAAGAUCAGAGCUUGUCCUGGCUGGAAGAUCUUCUGACGUCCGCCAUUGUGUGCUGGACCGAGUUUCUGGAGUACAUGGACUACGCCGACAUAGAAACUCGGAUCCGGGAGCUGCAUGUUGCCGUGGAAUACGUCAUCGAUGACGUCACACGAGCUGAGGCCUACCUUGAGAUAGCAAAUCAUUAUUUCCAUGCUGGCAUCUCGGCUCUUCAGACGCGCGAGUAUAAGAAAAGUUUGAGCCUGCUGAAGGACUGCCAUUUCCCCCUGUACGAGGCGAAGCGGCUGGGCACAAGUUCCUCUGGUGUAUUGGAGGAGGUUGAACUCCUUGAGAAGGACAUGUACGUGCAGAUGUGCGUCACAGAGUCAAUCAAAGCACGUGUUACAGGUGACGAACUCUUGUCACGUGUGAUCCGUGACGAAGAGGUACUGAACAUAGACAUGGUGUGGGAGGUGACUGACUGGUACAGAACGGCGAUUAUGCUGACCCGAGAGAAUGACUUCGAGAUGGAGGCAAUUGCCCAUUCGCGCCUGGGGCAGGUCUACGACCAGGUUCUGAUGAUGAAAAACAAGGCGAAAGAAAACUUCAACAGAUGUCUGCAUCUCGCCAACCUGAUGGUCCCCAGGACCUUCCAUAGUGAAGACUGGCACAUCUACGCCACGACAGCCGUACAGCGCUACCAAGAACAAACUGUCAGGGACGAGGAGAAGGCCAAACAGGAGGAGAGGGACAAGGUGAAGGACGAAAUUAAAGACGACCUGACUAAGGUCAACUCUGCCUUUGAGAAGUCGACCAAGAUGGAGUUUUUGGAGUUCCUCUACAAGACCUACCCUCCCAAGAACCCCAUCUAUAAAAAGGAGGACCUGCCAGACAAACCUGACAUGACCCAGUUGAAGAAGGUGUACUGCAAGGCCGUGACGCACUACCACCCCGAUAAGGUGGAUGUAGAGGAACACGGGCUAAAGUGGAAAGUGUUGAGCGAGGAGAUCACCAAACUGCUCACUAACCACUAUGAAGGCCUUAAGUAGACAGCCCGCCUCCGCCUAGGCUAUUAUCUAUCUACUUGUUUGUAUCGGUGACAUGUGUUU